CCUACUUCAGGUCGAUGGCCACUACUUCUUCUCUCUACUUUCAUCCACGUACUCUCCCCUUCUCGCAAUUUCAGGUUGUGUAUUUGUUUCAGGUCGAUUUCGAUACGCUAUCACCCGUUUUGAGCUACACACUCACAAUAAAGGAUGCCUUCGUUCGGCUUCUAUAACUCUUUUGAUGCUCCAAAGCCGGUUUUUGAAACCAAAACAGGCUCUGGAUGGAGUCCUUUUGGCACUACCACAACCCCGGCUUUCGGCACUACCAGUUGCCCGGCUUUUGCCACUAGUAACCCAGCUUUUGACUUUACCACCGUUUUUGGCGCCCCGGUUUUCAACACUGCUAGCACUCCAGGUUUUGGCACUAAUUGUACCACCACUUUGGCCACUACAGGUACCCUGGCUUUUGGCACUACUAGUACCCCAACUAUUGGCACCACGAUCACCAUAACCCCUGGUGUAGGCACUUCUACUGCUUCAACUGGUGGCACUAAUUCCAUCGCCAUAACCUCUAGUGUUGGUACUGCUAGUACUCCAACUGUUGGCAAUAGUAUCACCAUAGCCCCAUCUGUUGGCGCUACUGUCACCAUAGCCCCAGCUUCGGGUACUAGUAUCACCAUAACCCAAGCUGCGGGAACUACUAUCACCAUAACCAGCAACCCAACUUAUGGUGCUACAAGCACCCCAGGCAUUGGUGGUGCAAGUACUCCAUCCUUUUGCUUUCCAACAUCCACUGCUCCUACAAGUGCCCCAGGCUUUUUUACUAAUUCUUUUAGCUUUCCAACAUCCACUACUUCUACUUUUGCGCAAUCAACUUGCACCUCUUGCAGCAGCCAAGUUGGUGCUUCAUCUCCUUUUGGACCGCGGAGAUCUCCAUUUGGAGCUCAGUUGACACCAAUAGUUGGGAACAAUGCCUCUAGGCAGUCAGCUUUUAGGGGCCACCAGGGGCAGGGAAGUAGAGUGGUUCCUUACACAGCAUCUGUUGAAAUAGAUAGUAAUGGUGCUGGUCGUAUGAAGUCAAUAUCAGCAAUGCCAAUUCAUGAGCAUAAAUGUCACGAGGAACUGAGAUGGGAAGAUUAUCAAUUGGGGGAUAAAGGUGGAGUGGUUCCUCCUGGUGGGAGUGGCUUCAGCUGCCAGUUUACCACACAGCCAUUUCUUCAGAAAGAAAAACCCACUUCCUUUGGGCCGUAUGGAAGUCCAUGUGCUCACACAUCCUCAAGUACUUCUAAUAUCUCAACUUCAUCUCCAUUUGGUCAACCAUCUUCAAGUCCAUUUGGUCAACCAUCUUCAAAUCCAUUUGGUCGAACAUCUUCAAGUCCAUUUGCUCGACCAUCUUCAAGUCCAUUUGCUCAAACCCUCAGUUCAUCAAUUUCGGGGAAUUCCAAUCUUUUUACACCUUCAUCAAUUGGGCAAACUUCAUCUCCACACCCCUCUUGGUGCAUGCCUUCCCAAGUGUCUCAGCCGGUUCAGACUGGUACUCCUCUCUUCAACAGAAAUCAAACAAACACAGCAGGUUCCUUGUCUAUCUACUAGACUGUGAUCAUAGAGGUACCAUUUUGUUGAAGUCUCAGGCCAAAGUAGCAGAUGUCGUGUGUUGACUUCUAGGAAGGAAGAAGUAUUGCGUUAUUGUCGAUGUCCUAAAUAAAGCAUAUUAGGUGUUUUUAGUUCAGAUGUGAAAGGAUCAAGUGCUUAACAUCCCAAAAAACAGUCUUUCAUGGGUUAUGUAGAAUUUUGAGUACAUUACUUUUAGAGAUGAAUCAGAUGAUGGUAAAAAUUUGAGCUU